GUAAAAUUAAGCAUUUUAUGGUCUUUUUUUUCAUAUACUGUAUAAUCUUUCCACAGUGCUAAUGUCUUUUGAUUGAUUGUUAAAUCAAUCAGCAGAUUGAACAUAACUCCUUGUUUUUAUUGAUGUAGGCCUAUUUCCAUUGGAAAAAGACAUUGUAAUGUACAGUAUGUGAUAUGUAGGGCUACAGAUUUUAUCUGAACCUGUCAGACUGAAAUCUGAAGAUUUGUGGUCACAUGCUGCUGACCAGAACUGAGAAUCCCAUGACGUUCUACAUUCUGUGUGGGAGGAGUUUCUUUUAUCUGUUUGACAUCCUCCUUAUAAAAGAACUGUAAGAAGCAUGUUUGCCUCAUUUGGCUCCCAACAUCUCAUCAUAUCAACUGUCAUUCAGUUACCUGAGAAAGAGUUUAUUCAACAAUGGAACCUCCACAGCGUUUAUACAUCCAACUACCAGAUGACUUUGACGUAUUGCAAUUACCUGGUGAAUGGGACCAUGGGGUUGUUGUUACAGAUUUGAAUCCACAUUUGACAGAGAGUGAGUUUCACAACUACUUUGAAACCUUUGGGACAAUUACAGAAUGUGUAUUCAAAAUGGAAAAGUCAUCACAAUGGCCGAAGGGUAUGGGCUUUGUGAGAUACUCAUCUGCAGAGGAGGCUAAAGCAGCAGAAUCCAGGCCACACUACCUUGGAGGUUUUCACUUACAGAUCAAAAAAGUUAUUACACCAAAAUUGUCUGCCCAGAACAGAUCUGACAAUCAGUUAAAUGGUCCUCCAUGCCAAUCCUUUCAAGCAGGCCAGUGUGUGAAUUAGAAGUGGAAUAAAGGAGCACCGACAGUUACUGGCUGAAAUGAUUAACCUCAUCCUACCACAAUGUGAACUAAAAUGUUUUUGCUUGAUAAUCCAGUGUAUAUUGUUACAUUUUCUACUUAAGAGUAAAACCCUGUUUGAUUUAAUAUCUGUAUCCCUACUGUAAAUGAUCACUUUAAUACCUGAAAUGCUGAAUAAAUGAAUUCUUAGAGGAGAUCU